GCCUUUCCGAGCACCCCCGCCCGCGAGCUCCCCGCAGCCGGGCCAGGCGCCCUCACCCCUCGCCCAGGGCCGGGAGGGCUGCGAGUGGAGCGCACGCGCACCCCCGCCCCUCCCCUCAGGCGGCGGUUCCCCCUGCAGCGCCUCCCUCGCGGGGAGGGAGCCGGAGGGGCUCCAGGCGCUGUGCAGCAGACCUGAUCGGGCUGCGCGCCGCUCCGCUCUCCUCCGAGGGUGGCAGCAGCAGCAGCCUGGGCUGCCGCAGCUCCUCGGGGGAAGCAAGAAGGCGAGCGCGCCUUCACCCGCGCCGAGUACCCCAACCUGGUCCCCACGUGUAGCCGCGCCGCCGCCAGGCCUGGCCACCCGACAUGGAUCUCCUCCUGGCGCUGGUGCUCGGGUUCUCUCUCUCCCUGCCCGCGGCCGCCGAAUUCGACGGGAGGUGGCCCAGGCAAAUAGUGUCAUCAGUUGGCCUGUGUCGUUAUGGUGGGAGGAUUGACUGCUGCUGGGGCUGGGCCCGCCGGUCCUGGGGACAGUGUCAGCCUUUCUACGUCUUAAGGCAGAGAAUAGCCAGGAUAAGGUGCCAGCUCAAAGCUGUGUGCCAGCCACAGUGCAAACAUGGCGAAUGUGUCGGACCAGACAAGUGCAAGUGUCAUCCUGGAUAUGCCGGGAAAACCUGCAAUCAAGACGAACACUUCUACCCAACUCCUCACGACCGAGGCAGUGAGCAGCCUCUUUCCCAACCCCAGGACCACCAAGCCACAAGUUUGCCUUCAAGGGAUCUGAACGAGUGUGGCCUGAAGCCGCGCCCCUGCAAGCACAGGUGCAUGAACACUUACGGCAGCUACAAGUGCUACUGUCUCAACGGGUACAUGCUCAUGCCAGACGGGUCCUGCUCAAGUGCCCUGACGUGCUCCAUGGCCAACUGUCAGUAUGGCUGUGAUGUCAUCAAAGGACAGGUUCGGUGCCAGUGCCCAUCUCCUGGCCUGCAGCUGGCUCCCGACAGGCGGACCUGUGUGGAUGUUGAUGAAUGUGCUACUGGAAGAGCCUCCUGCCCUAGGUUUAGGCAGUGUGUCAACACUUUCGGGAGUUACAUCUGCAAGUGUCACACAGGCUUCGACCUCAUGUACAUCGGAGGCAAAUACCAAUGUCACGAUAUAGAUGAAUGCUCCCUCGGUCAGUACCACUGCAGCAGCUUCGCACGCUGUUUCAACGUGCACGGGUCCUACAAGUGCAAAUGUAAAGACGGGUACCACGGCGAUGGACUGAGUUGCGUAUAUAUUCCCAAAGUCAUGAUUGAACCUUCAGGUCCAAUUCAUAGACCAAAGGGAAAUGGUACCAUUUCAAAGGGUGAUGGAGGACACAGUAAUUGGAUUCCUGAUGUCGGAAGUACUAGGUGGCCUCAGAAGACACCAUACAUCCCUCCUGUCAUUACCAACAGGCCCACUUUUAAGCCAACAACAAGACCUACACCAAAGCCAACAGCAUGGCCUACCCCACCUCCACCCCCACCCCCACCCACAGAGCUCAGAACCCCUGCACCACCACCCACCCCAGAAAGACCAGUCCUCAGACCGACGACUAUAGCACCACCUGCCACCACAUCUCCAGGAGAGAUGACGGUUGACAACAGGAUACAGACAGAUCCUCAGAAACCCAGAGGAGAUGUAUUCAUCCCACGGCAUCCUUCAAAUGAUUUGUUUGAAAUAUUUGAAAUUGAAAGAGGAGUCAGUGCAGAGGAUGAAGCAAAGGAUGAUCCAGGUGUCCUCAUACACAGUUGCAGUUUUGACCAUGGGCUCUGCGGGUGGAUCAGGGAAAAAGACAGUGACCUGCACUGGGAGCCAGUGAGGGACCCAGCAGGUGGACAGUACCUGACCGUCUCAGCCGCCAAGGGCCCAGGGGGGAAAGCUGCACGCUUGGUGCUGCCUCUCGGCCACCUCAUGCACUCAGGGGACCUGUGCCUGUCAUUCAGGCACAAGGUAACUGGGCUGCACUCCGGCACGCUCCAGGUGUUUGUGAGAAAACACGGUGCCCACGGAGCAGCACUGUGGGGAAGAAACGGGGGCCGUGGCUGGAGGCAAACGCAGAUCACACUGCGAGGGGCCGAUGUCAAGAACGUCAUCUUCAAAGGUGAAAAAAGGCGUGGUCACACCGGGGAGAUUGGAUUGGAUGAUGUGAGCUUGAGAAAAGGCCACUGCUCUGAAGAACGCGAGCGACUCCACAACUAGUGAUGAACUCCUAUGUUGCUCCCUCUUCUUUUUCUGAUCUUCACCUCCUGUCUUCUCCUCCCUCUUAUCAGGCCUAGGAGAAGAGUGCGUCAGUGGGUCAGAGAAAGUGGUCACUGACCCUCGUCUUGUCGGCCUGCUUUUGUGCAAUCCCAAUGAACAAGUGACACUCUCCUUGAAAGGGGAGGGGCACCUGCGGACACAUGCAGUCCAUCUCUGGGUGUGACCUCGUAGGAACUGGCCUUCAGCAUGUGUGGCCUAUGCCUUCAUCCCGGUUAUAAGGUGCUCCUUGUAGCAAGUUAUGGGAGACGUUUUCAGAAGAAAUUUGUGCAAAUGGCAUUCUGUUAUCUGUUCAGUGUUGUACCUUGAGUAGUAUUGACUUCCCCGAAGACAUGUUGUACCAUGUGCUUGUGAAACUGGUUUCUCCUCUUCCCUGGACUGACCUGAACUCUUGUCCUGCCAUUCAUUUUAUAAAAGAAGGGUGUGCAACAUAUCAAAAUGCAUUUACUCUUGUUAUCUGUAUUUUUCUUUUAAAGACAAUUAUGUAAAGUGGGCACAUAAUUCCUUGUUAGUAGUAUUGUGUUUUGUGUAAAUGUGCUAUUGAUAUUAAAUAGUUAACGUGUUCCUAAUAUUUACAGACUCUAGUUGCAAGAGAAAAGGCAGCUUGUGAUCUCUUGAAUUAAAAAAUACAUGGUGAAAUGGUACCCAGUUCAGUGACCUUAUAUUGGAGUAAGAGGAAUUUGAAGCGGUGUCAGGUUGUGGUAGUGGAGGGAUGAAUGUUUGAAUGACCUUGAAUUAGAUUCCUACGAAGGAUAAGAAACCAUUUACUUAGGUAGACAAGAAGCAGAAGUUAGUAUAUGAACCUGUUUCUGGUUACACUUUUAAACCAACAGCUUCCCCCCCAGGAGCCUGGUCCUCUCUGGUAACUGUAAGAAGCUUGGUAAACGUUCUGGCUGUUUCAGAGGAAACAUUCUGUUUAAGGAAACAGGGUGAGGAGAAGCAUGGGAACAGCCCCUUUGGAACAGUUUCUUACUAAUUUUAAAUCAGUAUAAACUUAGGCAGGCCUAGCUGAUAACUUUGGUUCUCUCGUGCCAGGGUGGGACAGGAAGCAAGUCUCAUGCUUUGAGGUAUUGAAUGUGUUGGGACAGGAUCCACUUACGCACUAGAACAAUGGAACAAGAUUGGAAUUCUAAGAUUUAAGAACCCUCAACUAAUAUAUUUCCUCCUUGUGUAUUUUAACUUUAUAAGAAUAGUAUAUAACUUUUAAAAUCAACUUACUACUGAGGCUUUUCCUCAUUUCUGAUUAAGUAAUCAAAAUAUUUUCUGCUACUUUUGCCAGGAAUCACAAAGAUGAUUAAAGGGUUGGGAAAAUGAUCUAUGAUGAAAAAUGAAAGGAACUGGGAUUAUUCGUCCCGGAGAAGAGAAGACUGGGGGCAAAUCGUUGCUGGUGUUCCAGUGUCCAAGGGCUGGUUCACAGAGGGUGGUGGCCAGCUGCUCUCUGCCACACCAAGAACAGAACGAGAGGAAGCAGGCUCAGACUGCAGCAACGAGGGAGCAUUUUCUGGCGGGGCCAGUUGUUAAGUUGGAAUCCCUUAUAAAGAAGUGUGACUUUGUCUCACUCUCUUUUUUGAGGCUUUUAAAAAUUGGAUAAAAAUUUGUCUAUAUCAGGUGGUUAAUGAUGUUCAAGGUAGAGUAACAGAGUACAGAACCUCCCAGAAGAUAUUUUGAUCUAUUACCACGUAAUGAAAAUCGCCAGCACUAGGUCACUUGGAAUGGGCCAAGAUUUAAUUUAGGCAUUUCCCUCUUUGGCUCCUGAUGGAGAGGAAUCAAAAAGGGGAAAAUCCACCAAAUGCUAGGCUCACUAAAAUGUCUCUCCCUUUAUGGCAAACCUAGCAGUAUUAAAACAAAAAAAGAAGAAAAAACCAUAUAUAUAUGUAUUUAUUCCAAAAAGAGUAUAAUAAACAGAUGUUUUAGGAUCUCAGUGUCCUAAUGUGGUGGUGUUUAUUUUUUUUCCUUGAAUAAGUAUAACCCUUUCACUUGCCCAGUGGACAAUACUUAAGAUUUUUAAAAAGACUAUAACAGAGUUUACAGAGCCUCUUUCCUGGAGCAGUGUCUCUGCCGAGUGUGUGACCCAGGCCCUCUCCCUCACCCAGCUGGUGCGAUUCAGUUUCUCUUAUCAAUUGAAUCUCCCAGGUUCCACAAUGGUAAUGUUUUUAGAAAAAUAGGUUUAAUAGUAUACCUCUUGUCAUUGAACUUGGUGGAGGCGGGGCAGGAGGGGAGUAUAAAUCAGUGAACCUUUGAAUAGAGGCCAGAAAAUAUGGCUGUAGAGUCUUUUUAAUGGUUUGUUACCUUUUUUGGUCUUAUUAACUGCACAAUUGAAGGUGAAAGGGGGAAAUAUUGAACAUUUCACUUUUAGGUGCCAAUAAUACAUUGCACUAAACUGAUGAAAGAAGUUAUCCAAAGUACUGUAUAACAUCUUGCUUAUUAUUUAAUGUUUUCUAAAGUGAAAAAUGUUAGUGGUUUUCCAAACAACCAAAUGAAAAUAAUUCUUUGUAAAUAAAAACACUGUUAAUAAUA